AUCAUGAUUAAAUAUAAAUAAUAAACAAAUAAAUAAAUCUACUAAUAAAAAUUUUACGUAAAACAACUUUUUUUUUAAUGUUGCCAAACUUUUAAACUCCAUAAAAAUAAAUUUAAUGAAAAUUUUAUAAGUUAGAAGAAGACAAGAUGGCCAACGUCUACGAAUGUCUUGUGAAUUGUGAUAACAAUUUUUUACGUGUAGUUUUCAAUUUUCAUCAUAUUAUUUUAUGAUUUAUAAAUUAUUAGUGUCAAUUAGUGUAUAUGUAAAUAUUUAAUCAUAUAUAGUGAUACAGUGAGUGAGGAUUAUUUCGAAUCAGUAUAUUCUUUUUACGAACCUGAUAGAAACCCUCAGGGUAUUAGGUUACCCAAAUUUAAUAUCAAUGGAAAGCUUUAGGUCGCCCAAUUUUCCAUUGGUGGCCGAUUUGUUGUUGUGGCUUUCAAAAAGAUUCGAUCCGGAUACGAAUAUACCUCCCGGAAUCGAUACCGAAGAUGAUAGAGUUAAAUUAAUACGAAACGUAGCGGAAUUUAUGGCUAUAAAGGGGAAUAUUAGGUUAAAUACGAAGAGGUUAUACCAAGCAGACGGUUAUGUCAUUAAGGAAUUGCUAAAAAUAACUUCGAUAUUGCACGAGGCGCUUUUGAGUAAUUUGGAACGGGAAGACGACGAUCAAAUCGAUGAGAAUAUUUUAGAUUUGAGAGAAUUUGAUAUCACCGAUAAAAUUAGCGAGUUGAAAUUCUCGAGGCAAUUAGCUGGAGAAGUUACUAAAACUGGUUCAAAUUUAUAUAAUUUGUUGACCAAAGAAGUUGAUUUAAAAGUGGCGCGCCAUAAAAGUAUCGCGCGUCAAUUUGAAUUAUCAGAAGUAGAGUCCGGUAUAAGGGAAGCUAUAAAAUUGAUAAACGUAGAGGUAGAAGAAACUAAACAACUUAUCGAAAAUGUAGCUGCGACUGAAGCUAGUCUCGAUUCUAAAAUUGAAAAACGAAACGUCGAAAUUGGUAGAUAUGAAAAAAGAUUACAAGCAUUAAAAAAAGUUAGACCAGCAUUUCUCGACGAGUUUACGGCUCUGGAAAAAGAACUGGAAGAACUUUUCGUCCGAUAUUCUAUACGUUUACGCUGCCUGAAUCAAUUAGAAAAACAAUUCGCCGAAUCGGAAACAGCGCAAUUGGAGAAACAACUCCAAAUAACCCUACCCCAAAUACAGACGAUACCGUUGGAGGAAACGGACGAGAAUGAUAUUUUUUUAGAAAAAGAAGAGGAGGAGAAAAAAACGCGCGGUACUACGAGCGAUAGAAGAACUCAGCCGCCACCUUUGAUCGAUAAUCGAUCGUCAAUCGAUUUUAGUUCCGAUACGGAAUCCGAUGAUUUGUUUAUCGAUAGGGACGAGCCGGAAUUAAUGCAAUCGGAUGAUUCGUUGGGUAUGGAGAUCGCUUCCGGUGAUAGGAGAGCUCCUUCCGGUAGGUUGGUAGGCAGCGACGACGAUUUUUGAUUUUUUUUUCGAUUUUUUUGAAUUGUUUUGAGGUAAAUAAAGUUUGACACCAAGUUAGAAA